CUCACUUAGUCACAUGUUAUUGCUUUUGCCGGUUAAACGCUGUUGUCGCAACGAAAUAUCCCUCAGUGUUAGAUAGACUGCGUAUUUGAGUGGAUCGUUGUGCGUUCGUAGCGCGUUUCUUACAUGGUACACAAUUGGAAAUACACGCGCACGUAACGCGUAGUGAACGGUGUACACAAACAAUAAUAAUAAAUUAUUUGUGCGGAUUUUUUCGAAUAAUAAAUUCAAAUGAAAUGAAUGUGAAAUAUUAAAAGCAGCGAAGUGUAUUUUGUGAACAGCGAAAUUAUUUCGCAAAUGAAUGAAACGAAACAGUGAAAAUAUAUUUGUAUUUGUUUACAUAAUUGUGAGAAUAAAUUAGUUAUAAAGAAGUAAAAACUACAAACGGAUCGGAAGUGAUUUCCAAUCGAAUUUUGUAUAAACCUUUAAACGGAUUUCAUCACGACCGUGUUGCUUAUAUCAUAAUCAUACAAGGCGACAAAGUGAAUUUGAAUUUUGCAAACACAAAAAAAAAGCAAAAAAAAAAAACGAAAACCACAAAAUAAAUUUAUGCAAAAAUGUUUAUUAUACAACUCAUCACAUUAAGCAGGUGACUAAAGCACAGCAAAAGCUAACAAAAACCACCAAAGAUCAUCAAGUGUUACGCAGAAUUAAGACGUCUUAGUCACAAAUCACUAAAUAUUUACACAUGCAAAUUAUUUUGCAAAACAAAAAUUGAAAAAAUUUAAUAUUCAUAAUUUAACAUCAUGCUUACGAAACUUGAAAAUGCAAUGAAAUCACUUGAAAACCACAAAACUGUGCAUAACGACAUAUGAAGUGUUGUCAAAUUUUAAAGCAAAAAGUGUGUCAAAAAAGUGUUUACAUUUUGUGAAAUAAGUGUUUAGAAAAAUUUUGUCAAUAAGUGUGCAAAAACUAAAAUCGCGUGUAAAUCGCACAUACACUCGGAUUAAAUUGGUGUACUACCCCAACAUAUUAAAUACUUUUCGCCAAAUUAGUGCAACAUGUUGGCCGUAAAGAAUUUCUUUUUGCCGGAACGCACUGCGGCCGCUAAGCCGCCCGAAACGCCACAACGUUUUUCACGCAUGCCUGAAGCUUUCCUACGUUCCAUACGACGGCGUUCGUUGCGUGUAAAACGCGCCAAAAGCUUGGUGGUGCCCGAUCGCGAGAAGCGGAAAUCAGACUCUUUCGUCAACAGUCAAGAAUGGACGAUCUCACGUUCAGUGCCCGAUUUGCGUCUAGGCAUAGUUGGUUCAUUGAACUCGGGCAAAUCAGCUUUAGUGCAUCGGUAUUUAACUGGUUCCUACAUGCAAGAGGAGUCGCCUGAAGGCGGUCGCUUUAAGAAGGAAGUAUUCAUAGAUGGCCAAAGUUAUUUAUUACUGAUAAGAGAUGAAGGUGGACCACCAGAAAUGCAGUUUGCCGCUUGGGUUGACGCUGUGAUUUUCGUCUUCAGUCUCGAGAACGAGAGCAGUUUCAACACAAUCUACAAUUACUACAAUAAAAUGGCGCAUUUUCGCAAUGGUCAGGAUUUACCAAUGAUUUUGGUUGGCACACAGGAUGCUAUUAGUGAGCGUAACCCACGUGUGAUCGACGAUUCACGCGCGAGAAAGUUGGCUAACGAUCUGAAACGCUGUUCAUACUACGAAACAUGCGCCACAUAUGGUCUCAAUGUGGAACGCGUGUUCCAAGACGCUUGUCAGAAGAUCCUCCAGCAGCGCAUUCCCCUACCCCCCACCGUCAACUCCCGACCCACCACUCCGCAAGGCACACGCCUCGGCAUCGCCUCCUAUCAUCACAACUCCAACAAUCAUGGCGGCGCCAAUGCAAAUGGCUUCUCCGCCUCCACUUCGUCGGUGCAGGGCGCCGUUUCGACUAGCAAUUUGACGCUGCCACACCGCCAUCACGCGCUGUCCACGUCGUCACAUCAUAUACCGAUGCGCAUGAGCGCCGAUUUCAUGCACACCGAACAGCAGCAGAGCUUGCCACCCAGUCAGAAGUCGUGGCAACAGCAAAAGGAGCAGCAACAACGUGAUCGUGAGCUAACGAUGCUCACCAACGAGAACAAUAACAUCACCAAAUUCACACCCACACAUCACCAGCAGCAGCAACAGCAACAACAACAGCAGCAAUCGAACCACCAAACAGCGGAGAGUUUGCCACCUUUGAGUUUGGUGCCGCUGCGCGAGAACAGAGAUAAUGGCAGCGGUGGUGGCGGCGGCAGCGGCGGUGGUAAGGAUCUGCCGACACCCACAUCCACGCCCACAACCAGUCGCAAAAGUCGACGGCGUUCAAAUCUCUUCAUUCCCUCCUCCUCGAAGAAGGGCGAGAAGGAUUUGAAAAAUGGCGAAUUGGGUAGCGGACGGUCCAUACCAAUCAAACAGGGUUACCUUUACAAACGCUCCAGCAAAUCGUUGAACAAGGAGUGGAAGAAGAAAUAUGUGACACUGUGCAAUGACGGUCGGCUGACCUAUCAUCCCUCACUGCACGAUUACAUGGACGAUGUGCAUGGCAAGGAAAUACCGCUACAAUACGUAACGGUGAAAGUACCGGGACAGAAGCCGCGCGGUUCGAAGUCGAUCAUCACCAACAGUGCGCUCACAAGCUCAAUGCACUCGAACGGUCGCGGCCACGGUCAAAACGGUUUGAGCGAAGGCAUCGGCUGCCUAUCGAUUGUCAAGGAUAACAAGGAAAAGAAAGUGGCCGAGAAGGUGCUGCUCACCGCUUUCGAUACACUGCGCGAGCCGGUGAAAUCGAAUUCUUCGCAGCAGACCAGUGGCGAUGAGGGCAUAGCCAUGUCCAACUCGAACUCGCAGACAUUUAUUGCCGGCAGUGAUAGUCAACAGCAGUUGCAGCAGCAACAACGCGAAUUGCUCGCUGUUAACGCGGCUAACAAAUUAGAAUCUCAAACACCAAAUGUGAAGAAGCGACAUCGCCGCAUGAAGAGCAGCAGCGUUAAAUCGAAUGAAGUGGACGAUUCGGACAUUUAUGAGUUCUUCAUUGUGUCGCUGGAUUCGAAGCAGUGGCACUUUGAGGCCGCAAGCUCUGAGGAUCGCGACGAGUGGGUGGCUGCCAUCGAGCAAGAGAUCUUCAAAAGUCUACAGGGUAUAGAGAGCACGAAAACCAAACCGGCAACCACAAGUGAGCUGGCCUCAAUGGUGGCGAUACGCACGCGUGUGCCGGGCAACGGCUACUGCGUGGACUGCGAUGCGCCGAAUCCGGAAUGGGCUAGCUUGAAUCUGGGUGUGCUGAUGUGCAUCGAAUGCUCGGGCAUUCAUCGCAAUUUGGGUUCACAUAUUUCCAAAGUGCGUUCGCUUGGUUUAGAUGAUUGGCCCGCUGGUCAUCUCAGUGUAAUGCUGGCCAUUGGCAAUAGUUUGGCUAAUUCGGUGUGGGAGGCGAAUACGCGGCAACGCACCAAACCCAGGCCCAAUUCGACGCGUGAGGAGAAGGAGGCGUGGAUACGUAGCAAAUAUGAAUCAAAAGAAUUCUUAGCACAAUCCAAUGCUAAUACAAACACAACGCCGGGACAGCAAUUAAUAGAAGCGGUGAUCAGAUCGGACAUCAAGUCCAUUGUCUUGAUACUCGCCACCGCUAACAGUGAGGUGACAAAUGCUAACGUGAGUCCACGUGACGUGCGUACACCACUGCUGCUGGCAUGUGCCAUCGGAAAUCUAGCCAUAGCGCAGCUACUGAUUUGGAACGGCGCCAACAUCAAGCAUACCGAUCAUGAGGGACGCACUUGCUUAGCGUAUGCGCGGGCAGCACAAUCGCUUGCGACAGCGAAAUCCCUUAAAGCUGCGGCCGCCGCUGCUGCAAUUGCAAACGCUGCGAACGGCAGCAACACGAACACCAACUCGAGCACUGCAAGCAACACGAGUUCCUGUUCGUCGACCGCAUCCACCACAGCCACCACCACCACAACUAGCAAUGCGACGAACAGUGCCGCCGCAAGUGGCGCAACGGCAGCGCCGACAACAAACGGUGGCAUACCAGCGCCACAGUACAGCGUAGAGGAGACAACGGCACUGGUGGAGCUGCUGACGAGCUUAGGUUGCCCCGAAUCGGCGCCAUUGACAGCCAGUGGCACACUGCCGCGGCGACGCGACACGCUGGGCACACCCUACGAGAAGACCGUCUCGGGUGUUAUAUAAAGAGUUUGUACUCGGAAGGGGAUGGGCAAGGCAGCGCGCAUUAGCCGUUUGCAAUAAUGAUAAGCUUAUAGUCUAAGUUAAAAGCUGUACAACAGUAAGAAGUAUUGGAGGAUUAGAUCUGUGGCAAUCGUGCUUGAAAACGGGCCACAAUUUGAAUUUGCUAAUUUAGUUAUAGUCAUGUAGAUAUAUAUGUAGUUGCGUCUGUCUGAAGUCGAAAUAAAUUGAAUUGGGUAUAAAUAAUAAUAAUUUAUCAUGCUUCUUGUAGAAGGUGCUGUCGCAAUGGAGAUCCCGACGACCACUUUUUAAGACUUUUAAUUAGCAAAAUUUUAUUUAUUACACGUUUUAAUGAUGUAUUUUUAAAUAAAAUAAAUAUUGAAGCAAAGCAAGCAUAUUCAGAGUUGGACGUAUGAUAAAUUCGCUUAUUUUUCAAUUGAAAAGCUCUAAAGCUCGCUCUUAAACAACGCAAGCUUUCAGUUUUGUAAACACAAAUAUGUAAAAUUUUAAACCAAUUCGUAAUAACUGUUAAUAUUAUUUUUAUGUUUUGCUAAUUACGGUAAAGUAAAUGUGUUGUAUGUAUGUUAGUAUGCCUGUAUUCUUUAUAUAUGUACAAUAUAUAUAUAUAUAUAUAUAUAUUAUGUGUAAGCUCCGAGUUGAAAAAUGUAGAUGUUAGUCCCUACACUCGCAAGGAGUACGCUUUACAAUGAUAAAAACUGAUAACGGUUUAUCUGAGAGAAUUUAAAACAGCGCCUCAUCUGCACCUCAAUCUACUUUUAAACAAGUAUUCGGUUAGACAUUUUUAACUGACAAUCUUAAAGUAAGUCUAUUUUUUUAUGUUCAAACGCAGCAAAAAUCGCUUUUAUUUAAGUUUACUUGCACUGAAAUAAUUUUAUUUUCACUUUUUGUUAACCAAACCAAUCGUUGCCGGUGAAAUGAUUAUCAUAAAUAUUAUUUUAUUUCGCGUGCUCGAGAAAAAAAUUUAAUUAGCAUAACGCAACGGUAAAUUAAUAUGUUUUGAAAACUUUACGAAACGUUUCCGAAACAUAACAUAAUGUUUAACAAAAAUCAUGCAACCUUUACGAAACGAAAUAUGAAGACUUGCCAAAUACUGCUUCAAAUUGUUGUUAGCUCAGCCGGCGCUUUAAAAAAAAAUUUUAUUCGCAAUCUCAAUAAUGUCAAGUAUUGUCCCGUAUGUAUUUUCGAUUAUUAAGUUCAAUAUUUAAUUUGAAAAAAAAAACAAGUUAGCUAUACUUUUAAAAAGUAAGUUUCAAAUUGUCGUUUUCGUUACUUGUUUUUUAAGAUUCUAAAACUACUAUUAUGUUUUUUAUUCAGUAAAUUUUCAUGUAAAAAAGUUUUUUCGUACAAAAUACGAAAAAAGUAAAUAUCAGUUUAAACUCUUCGCAAAAUAUAUUUAAAAAAAAAAACAGAAAUAUUUAUUUUAAUGUUUUUUUCGAGUAAAAUAUUAUUAGAACUUAUAUUCUUCAAGAUUUUAAUUGUUGUUGCUUUGUUAAGCUUACUCUCUUUUAAUUUGCUCUGCAAUGUCAACCGAUUAGAGCAAAUUAUGUAUAUUUUUAUUUAAUUCACCAAUGAAUACGCUUCAUGUUUUUAAAAACGAUCACUUAUAGUUUUAUAUUUUAUUUCUUUUAAUAAUUAAUUAGUUGAUUUGUAAUGUGUGAAGAUUUAAUAUAAUAAAAUAUUAUUUAACUUAUGCAUAUAUGUUGUUUGGUUUGAAAUUUUUUCGAUUUAUUGUUGUGGGAAGUUGAAGAGACUCAAUUAUAUUUUAUCAAUUUAUAGAUUAAAAACUGUAUUGAAUGUAUCUAUUGAUCUUAGGAUCUUUUCGAUUGAAAUGAAGCAGUGAAAGAUUUCCAAAUCACAGUUAAUAAUAAAAGGGCAAAUUAUUUCAUUUAAAUUCGGUCAAAACGAGCUUCAUAAAUAUAUUUGAUAUUAAACAGAGAAUUUUUUCAAUGUGGGAUCUUAAUAAAGUUACAAUUUUCGGAAAGUCUUCGAAGCGUGUUACCCUUUUUUUGCUUGGGGAAAAUAUGAACAGAAAUAUAUAUAGAGAGCACUUAAAAUACGACUUCUGAAAUGAUAAUCACUUGAGAACAAUUAAAGGGAAAUAUAAUUAAAAGGAAAUAUAUAAUAAAAAGUUGAAAAUACAGAAAAAAAAAACAGAAAAAUAAAGAUUAUGGACUAAAUUCAUAUUAGUAUGGAGUACAUACCUACAUAUGUCUGGAGAGUGUAUGUAACUGAGUUUGUUGUUUAGUAUGUCUCAAGCAGCAUAAUAAUUAAGAAUACAAAUGUGGUAAGGGAUAUUUAAAAACGCUUACAUAAGUACAUUGGAUACACACAAACAGAAGAUAAGAUUUUCAAUAGAAACGUAUUGCUUUAGUGGUGUACGAUCGUUACACAUCAAUAAAUAUACACACAAACACUUAAAUAAUUAAAUAUUAUAUACACUUGGCAAAAAUGUUAAGCAUUAAAUAUAAUUAAAAUACUUAUAUUACAAAAGUAAAACUUGAAAUGAAGACAUACGGAUAUACUUACUUAUACCCAAUGUAAUACACUGUUGUACAAAUAAAAAAUGUUGCAAGCUCUUAAGAAAAUUGGCAAAUGCACCUGCUGCUAAAUCGAAUACAUUAAGCAAGGAAUUAGUGAAUUUUGUACUGAAUUGGAAACUUUUGCAAUUGUUUUCUAGAAUUCAUAAAAUACGUAAUUCAAGUUGACUUUUAUUUACCAUAUGCUUAUUACUUAGUAAACUUAAAAAGCAUCUAUGUAGUUGCAAUGCAAGUAUAAUUCAUAAAUUAAUUUCAUUAAAAUGAAGAGUUACGAUGAAAUUUGCACAUUCGCUAAAAAUGCAAUAAACUAAUGAAAAUACCGUAAA